GUAAACCCUAACUCUUUUCUUCUCUCUAUAUCUCAGCAUAUUGCCGCCGCGCAACCCUCUUUUCUUGUUGGCCGUCUUCUAUUAUCUUCCUUGUUCUAACAGAACCCAUCACCCCUUCUUCUCUCUCCACUCUCGGGUUUCUCGGCAGGUAACAGAGGGCGGCAAAACUAGAGUGACCAGAACGGCACCAUGGGGCGUAUGCACAGCAGAGGUAAGGGUAUAUCGGCUUCGGCUCUUCCAUACAAGAGGACCCCUCCGAGCUGGUUAAAGAUCUCAACUCAGGAUGUUGAGGAGAACAUUUGCAAAUUUGCCAAGAAGGGUCUAACACCCUCUCAAAUUGGUGUCAUUCUGCGUGAUUCUCAUGGGAUUGCUCAGGUGAAGAGUGUUACCGGAAGCAAGAUAUUACGUAUACUGAAGGCACAUGGUCUUGCUCCUGAAAUACCUGAGGAUUUAUACCACCUCAUCAAGAAAGCUGUCUCAAUUAGGAAGCAUUUGGAAAGGAACAGGAAGGACAAGGAUUCUAAAUUUAGACUGAUUCUGGUUGAGAGUAGAAUCCAUCGCCUUGCUCGUUACUACAAGAAGACAAAGAAGCUUCCACCAGUGUGGAAGUAUGAAUCUACCACCGCCAGCACCCUUGUGGCCUAGGUCAGAUAUGAUUGGCACCAAGGCUUAGGUCGGAUAUGAUCGGCACCAAUUUCGGGUGUGGCCACAUUAAAAAAGCAGGACUAGUUUUUAGUUUGUUACUUGUUUGCUUCAAGUUGGGAAUUUUAUGAAAAUCUUGGUUGUGGAACUCCUUGGUAGUUGUUUUUUGUGCGGAUAUUUAAGAGUUCAGAACUUCUGUUUUGGCGGAUUUAUCUUUUAAUUUUCAAUUGGAUCAUUUUAAUAUCGUUGCAUCA